UCGACGGCGAUCUAAUUGGCAGUUGCUCAGUUUGCGCGAGUGAAAUAACAUACAUAUUAUGUGCGCGCAAAAAUUGCAAGUCUUUAAUUUUAGAGCGUUUCAAUAUUGUGAUGUUAUAUUUCUUGUUAAAACAUCAUGAGAUAUUACCGUCAAUGAAAUAACUUUCUAAACAUUUCUAAAAAUAGAUCAACCGCGAUCUACUGCACUCGGAAAGAAACAAGUGGCAUUACGAGUUGUGUAAUUAAUUACUGAUAAAUUAGUAGUGCAUUAUACAAGUAUGGCAACACACGCAUUUCGUGGUAUCCAGAGGCUGAGUCGAGUACUGAAUGCAGGAAUAAGGACUCUGAACUCUACAUUAAGGCGUGCAUCGACCUCGAAGCAAACCAGAAUUGUGACGGGACCAAAUAACGAGAGGAUUAUUAUGUCUCCGAGUGGUGAUAUUACUUAUCCUGAAACCUUGAUCCAUGAGUUUGUUUGGAAUAACAGCGAGCGUUAUCCUAAUCAUAUUGCUUUGGAAUGUGGUAUAAAUGGCCAAAAAUACACAUUUGCGCAAGCCAAAGAUGCGACAAGUUAUAUCGGUAGAAGUUUGCGGAACAUAGGUCUCAAAAAGGGCGAUGUGGUAGCACUAGUGGCACCCAAUUUUCCAGACACAAUUUUAAGUUUCCUUGGAAUCUUGUCAGGUGGAUUUACUGUUACUACUGUAAAUCCGAUGUAUACAGCAGAGGAAAUGAUGACUCAGCUAUUGAAAGCCAAUGCAAAAGCAGUCAUCACUUCCACCUCAGUUGCAUCUACAGCGCUCGCUGCAAAAAGGGCAUGUCUUUCACAUGAAACUCCUUUUAUUGUGAUUGACGAUAAGACUGGUUCUAUGCCGGAGGGUUCCAUACCUUUUUCUGAUCUCAUAACGCGAGGUAAAUCAUUGCCACCUGUGAAUUCGGACACAACUUGUGAUGACGUAGCAAUUUUACCAUUUUCAAGUGGUACGACUGGAUUACCAAAGGGUGUUAUGUUAAGACAUCGCAAUCUAGUGUCUAAUAUAAUGAUGGUUCAAUCCUCUGUCGACAUAUUUCAGUUUCCUACAAGCACAUUUCAAGAAGUAGUACCUGCCAUUUUACCAUUUUUCCAUAUUUAUGGAAUGAAUGCUGUGAUACUUCCACGUCUUGCUUUUGGAGCAAAAAUAAUCACCAUUCCAAAAUUUGUACCGGAAAUAUUCACCGACAUAUUACAAAAAAACAAGGUGACCGCGCUGUUUUGUGUUCCUCCCAUAGUGUUAUUUCUUACGGCUUCCUCUCUUGUGAAGAAUCAUCAUUUCGAUCAUGUGCAUUUGAUAAUGAGUGGCGCCGCGCCGCUCGCUAAAACGGACGUCGAUAGAUUCUACGAGAAGUACAACGUCGACUCAAAAAUCUGCCAAUUCCGUCAAGGUUACGGAUUAACAGAAUCUUCGCCAGUGAACUUCAUUGAACUUGGAGAGAAAUAUUCUAGCAUCGGAAAAAAUAUAGCGAGUUGCCAAGUACGCUUGGUGGAUGUAACGACACAGAAGGAUGUCAGUACUAGUGGUCAAACGGGCGAAUUAUGGAUCAAAGGACCACACGUUAUGAAAGGGUAUCUGAAUGACGAAGAUGCUACAAAGAAUACUCUAACCGAGGAUGGAUGGCUAAAAACGGGCGAUAUUGCUUAUUAUGAUGAAGAUUUUGAUUUUUAUAUUACAGAUAGAUUAAAGGAACUUAUUAAAGUCAAAGGAUUUCAGGUACCACCAGCGGAGCUAGAAGCGUUGCUACGGAUGCACCCUGACGUGGAGGAAGCAGCAGUGAUUGGUAUUCCGCACGAGAGGUAUGGUGAGGUACCGAAAGCGUUUGUAGUGGUGAAGAAAAGUAAAAACCCCAUGGAGAACGACAUUAAGAACUUCAUAAAAGGAAAGGUUUCCGAUUACAAGCAAUUGAGAGGUGGAAUCACAUUUGUUGAUAAUAUUCCGAAGAAUCCGAGCGGAAAAAUUUUAAGAUCAAAAUUGAAGCAAAGUUACAAGCCUUAA